CUGUGGUGCGAGCACAUUACCUGUGCUGAAAUGUCCAGACACUGAUAGAUGCCAUUUAUAUAUAUCACCAGCCCCCAUUAAUUUUAUUGUAUAACUUGUGUAUAACUAUAUCAUACACAACAAUAUUUCCAUAAUUCAGGGAAAAAUAUAUUUUUCUAAUCUGGGUAAAUAAACCAUGUCUCUUCCGUGUGUGACGCAAGCAGGUCUUGAUAAAGCGUUUCCUCAUUCUCUGUCAAUGGGAAGUUCGUUUUGCGUGGCCCGGUACCUCAGAAACAGAUUUAGUUUAUUUUAGAACAUUCCAUUGGUCUAUAAGUGAAAUCUCCACUCACCCCGGGGCACCGGGCCAGCCAGUCCCUCCCCUGGUCCAUCCCCCUGGUCAGGCCUCUACAGAAACCUCAGUCAUUUCUAGUACAUGCAAUCUAUAACUUUCACAACCACCGAAGCCCUCAGAAACGGAACAAUUCUUCUAGUUUGGACACAUCUGUUUCUUUCGGAUUAAGUGACAAAUCAAAUGUCUUAAUUUGACUCGUAUAAGGAGCGGUUUCGGUUUGUAUACAUUUACGCAUUCAUAAGAACCAGAAACGACAACUUCCUUGAAUAUGUCAGCUAGUUUAGACCUGUGGAAUAUUCCACUGAGAGCGCUGAAUAUCAACGUGAGAAAAAGAUUGGGACUGUUUUUAAAUCCGAGAAACACUGUGGCAUCAGACUGGAUGUCUGUCGCAGAAAACAUGGGUUUCUCUUAUUUAGAGAUCAAGAAUUACGAGGACUGCCAGGACCCAACACGGAAGAUUCUAGAGGACUGGCAAGCACGUUGUCCCGGAGCCAAAGUUGGAAAGUUAGUUUCAAUUCUGGAUAACGUGGACAGAAAGGACGUUGUGGAGGAUCUCCGAGUUCUCAUUGAGGAGGACUGUAGGAGGUACAUAGAGAGACAGAAUGAGCCCCCAGUCCAGGUUCCUGAGGUGGACAGCUGUGUUCCCAGAACCCCGGAGAGACAAGGCAUCACCCUGGAGGAUGACCCAGAAGGGGGUAUACCGGAGCUGUUUGAUGCCUUCAUCUGCUACUGUCAGAGUGACUUUGACUUUGUCCAUGAGAUGAUCCAGCAGUUGGAGCAGACGGACCACAAGUUGAAGCUGUGUGUGUUUGACCGGGACGUCCUGCCUGGAUCAUGUGUCUGGACCAUCACCAGCGAACUCAUCGAGAAGAGGUGUAAAAGGAUGGUGGUGGUGAUAUCUGAUGAGUACCUGGACAGUGAUGCCUGUGACUUCCAGACAAAGUUUGCCCUCAGUCUCUGUCCUGGUGCCCGGAGCAAGCGACUGAUCCCUGUGAAGUAUAGGUCUAUGAAAAAACCUUUCCCCAGUAUCCUGAGGUUCCUGACGGUGUGUGACUACACACGACCCUGUACACAGUCCUGGUUCUGGGUCCGGCUGGCCAAGGCCCUCUCCCUGCCCUGAAUGGAUCGUACAGACUUACAGCAACCAAUCAGCACAAGGGGCCUGCCCCUCUCCAGCGGGAACAGGAAGAGUACAUGUCAGCUCGGUGGUACUGUUACUUUACUGGGGACCGUUGAUCGCCACAGUUUAGUUGACAUAUUUUACAUUGAUUCAUAUUUUAUAUUGAUUCAUAUUUUAUAUUGAUUCAUUUCUUAGUUAGAACAGUUUGUGUAUUGUACAGUUUGUGUAUUGUAGCAGUUUUCUGAACCCACAGAUGGAGUUGCUGAGGUACAAUCCACCUUUUGUCCUCAUCACUCAGAGCCUGAUGGCUCCUUCACUCAUUACUGAUAUAUUGAUUUGGGUUUAAUAUGAGAUUUCAUUCCAUCGAAAAUGUUUUCUAUGUUUUUAAUAUGAUAUUUUAUUCUGAGCCCCAUCGCUCAUAUGGACCAAAUAUCAACCUGAAUGAAUAAAUGCUGGGGUUUUUUUAUAUUCCAUUUUUUCACCUGUUAAGAAUAUUGUAUAGAUCAGAUGUCUGCAUGGUUGGUAACACAUUUUACAAUUAUUUAGCUGUUUGUUUAUCUGAUGGGCCGGCUCUUUAGUUUCCACAUCCUCCUUCCUCCUGUCAUGGCGGCCAUGUUGUCUCCUCAGAUGAGAGAUAUCAGCAUGUGACUUCCUCCUGUCAUGGCGGCCAUGUUGUCUCCUCAGAUGAGAGAUAUCAGCAUGUGACUUCCUCCUGUCAUGGCGGCCAUGUUGUCUCCUCAGAUGAGAGAUAUCAGCCUGUGACUUCCUCCUGUCAUGACGGCCAUGUUGUCUCCUCAGAUGAGAGAUAUCAGCAUGUGACUUCCUCCUGUCAUGGCGGCCAUGUUGUCUCCUCAGAUGAGAGAUAUCAGCCUGUGACUUUCUCCUGUCAUGACGGCCAUGUCUCCUCAGAUGAGAGAUAUCAGCCUGUGUCUUCCUCCUGUGUUGACACCCUGUUUCAGUACAGAGCAGAGAGACUGACACCUGGCACAUUCACCACACUUUAUACAGCUGUAUAAAUCCAUCAAUACCAAAAUCUACCAAAACUGUAAAAAAAAAAAAAAGAAAUGGGAGAAGAACAGAAAGUGAUAAGGGACUUUGUCAGUGAUGUAGCUGGCCAUUUCCAAAUGGACUCGUAGUGGGUUACUCAUGCGCCCUUCUCUGGUAACUACUGGAUGUAUAUUUUGUGUUUCUUCAUUUCAUCUGCACUGUUUUUCUAUUAAAAGACAUCUUUAUUAAGCUUC